AUGUCUUGCAAUUUCGACUGCUCUGCUCCCGCCCCCUUAUCUCCAAACAGCGAUAUCACUGGGAUUGGGAUCGUUAUCAACAAUAUCGUGACUACUUGCUUCGCGGUAGUGAUCAUUUCCCUCUACUACUUCACUUCCUACGAUCCAACCCGCGACCCAUUUCAAAAUGCUCAAAGUCUACCGUUUCGACCCAACCCGAUUGACGUAUCCCCCUUAGCAUUGUUCAAACUCUAUCUAAGCCCUUUGGUUAAAAUUGGCAAGAGCGAAAAACUUGCGAAGGUUCUAGUCAAGUGCAUCCGAGCAAUGAGCGACAUACAAAUUGUGACAGGCUUCUGGAUCCUGGUCGCCGGGUAUUCCCAGCUUAAAUGUGGCCUGGCAACCUAUCAUUGGCUAGUCGUCACCCAAAUGGCCUGGCUUUCCUGCCUGACCCAGUUAUCUUGCUUAACGCAUCUGCGCAACUAUCUCCACGACCGUCCUAUCGAGCGGGCAAUAAGGGUACUCUUAGUGGGCGUAUUGGCGACAAUGUUGAUCGUGGGCCUUAGUUUUACGGGAAACUAUCGCUGGGCCUUUGACGAAGACAAUGAUCACGAUCACCCGACUAUCAUCAGUGACCCUGCAAUCUGUCAUAUGCACGCUCGUCCGGGGAUGAAUUCGGCAUUCUUUUCGAUGCCUCUCUCGAUUAUCUUGAUUAUCGUUGGAUUUGCUUCGAGGGUAAUUAACCUCUACGAUAAGACUUCACGUGGUGUUGUUAGAGCCAGAACCUUCCUUGCAGGACCCAUACGAAGGUUGUUACGCAUUGUGUAUAACUGGAGCCGCGCGUCUCGCUCGCCGCGGAGUCUGAAAUUGACACUUUGCUACCUUCCCCUUUUAUCUGUAUACAUCACGGGUUUGGUGUUCGUGGAUGUGUGGGAUUCCGCCAUUAUAGAGGUCAGAUACGGGACACGUGUCGGUUGGUUAAUCAUUGCUUCUGCGUUCGGUAUUUCCAAAGUGAUAGGGGCAAUAAAGCGACCAGAAAAGAUGGGCCUCGACGCUUCGUUGACUGGGUUCAAUGAUUGGUCGUUUGGCCAAGUCGCUUCUAUGGUGACACUGGUCGCACCACUCAUCACAAUCAUCGAUUAUUUCCAGGAAGAAUCAACUGACAAGUCUAAUACUUCCUUAGAAGAUGAGACCCGCGCACAAGAUGAGGUACAACCUGUACCCCUCGAACUUCCUCUCCCUUCAAUAUCAAACCUAAGCAUGGACCCCAACGACCCCGACAAGGAUUGGAUCUCCCAUGGUCAAAUAUUCGGUCUGAUCGAUGUGCAUAUAUUCCCAUUUACUUUGAAUGUUCUUUUGUGGUUGGCAGAUCGUGACCCUUUUGGCAAGAUAAAGAAGACUUUAUUGGACGAUAUCCUCAUCUUCACGGGUAGUAGGAUGGUUGUACCCAUUCUUUGCUGUUUGAUGGUGGACACUGUCUUUGCGGAAGUAGCUCCUAUGAGUAUGUCUUACAGCAUGACCCACGUGGUGGUAAAGCUAUACGGAUGGAUAUCUAUCUUUGGCUCCAUUUAUAGGAAGAUGACGUCCACUCUCCUAUCGCUCCUUGUUAUCGGUGCUUUGGCGUAUCGAUUAUUUCCCUCUUUCAAGACUUAUUCUCAAAGUACCAUAACUCCGAGUACCAUGCCUCCAAGUACCAUGUCUCAAGGCACCCAAAUCAACAGCAUCCACUUCAGCCCCCCAAACAACGACUCUACGCGAUCCCGAGCUUACCAGCAUCGACUUCAUGCUAAGCAACGGUUCCGAGUUUACCAGAAACGACUUCACGCCAAGCAACGAUCCCGGGUUUACCAGCAACGACGACUUCACCUCCAUGCCAAACGAUGA